UAAAACUGAAAAAGAAAAAACAACUUUAAAUAAGGACAAGGUUAAAAAAGAUAAAGAAAAUGAAAAACUGAAAACAAGUACAGAAAACAAGGGUAAAACUGAUAGUUCUACACCAAAGAAAGACAUUCCAGAAGCUGUUGACUCCAAAGACAAUACAAAACAUGACAAUAUUGAUAAAGCUUCAGACACUAAAGAUAAAAAUACUGAACAUGUUGACACUAAAGCAAUCGAUACAGUUGUUGACAAUGUAAACACAAAUGCUGAUAAGGAACAAACCACAGAUGUAAAGACUAGCAAAAAAGACAAUAAGGCUGGUAAAUCUUCAGAUAAGGCUAGUACAAAGGUUGGAGAAAGUUCUGUUGGAAGUGUUCCUGUAACAAAGUUGGUUCAGAGUCAUUAUAAAACUCAUACAAAGUCUACAUUACCUCAUGUGCUCACAGAGUAUGGACUGGAAGAUAAAGAACACCCAAAGAAAGAGAAAAGGAAGAGAAGGAAGAAGAAAAUAGAGGUGGCUAGUGAUACGGAUGAUGAUGAAAAGUCAAGGAGAAAGGCCAGAGAUGAUCAUUUUCGUAAUAUGUUUGGGAAUGUACGUGAGACAGAUAACUAUUACGCGGAGUAUAUUGAUUUCCUGGAACAGAAAGUCGUACAACAAAGACAGAAAGCUUUGAGGGAGAAAGAGGAGGCAGAAAGAUUAAGGAUUCUUAAACUUGAAGAAGAGUGUGAGGAGACGGUGACAAAGGUCCCAGAAGUGCCGCCCCCUGAACCUGAGAAACAGAGAAGACGUUUUGUGCGGAGACUUGAGAGAAUAGAACUGAAACAUGAUGAUACUUUCCUCAGAAAUAUACCAAAAACAGACACAGCUAGGAUUAUUGCCUUACAAGACAAAUUGAGGAAAGAGGGAAAAUUAAAAUCACAGUGUGAUGUCGACAAGUUCUGGGAUGAUAUCAGAAAACCACAUGUGUUUUAUGAACACUUCAAAGUAAAGAAAAGAGAUGCAGUUGCGUGUGAUUCGUCCGAUGACGACCAACAAGGUUCACACGAGGAUAUUGAAGAUCUACCAGGACCUGAAAUGGCUCCACGUUCAUUAAGUCACAUAUCAGAGGCAUCCAAAGAUCGGGAUUCAUGGGCUAUCACACAAAAGUUUGGGACAUCACAUGGACCAAAGACCCCUCAUUCCGGACGUAAAAGGAAAGAUUCAACACAAAUGGCAAAGGAAGCAGCUGUAGAUUUGGAGAAGAGAUGCCCUAAGUUAGAAAUGCCACCUUUAGCCUGCUUUUCUUUGAAACUGGGAGAGAAAC